CGUUGCUCUGCUUUGGAGUCUCAGCUGGGACCAGAGUGAAUGGCCCCCAGGGGCUGCGCGGGGCCUCAGCCUCCGCCACCUUCUCCACAGACCUGGGUCUGGCCCAGAAAGAUGCUAGCCAUGGGGGCGCUGGCAGGCUUCUGGGUUCUCAGCCUCCUCACUUACGGUUACCUGUCCUGGGGCCAGGGCUUGGAGGAGGAGGAAGAAGGGGCUUUGCGAGCUCAAACUGGAGAGAGACUGGAGCCCAGCGUAACCGCCGUGUCCCAGCCCCAUCUCAUUUUCAUCCUAGCGGAUGAUCAGGGAUUUAGAGAUGUGGGUUACCAUGGAUCAGAGAUAAAGACUCCCACUCUUGACAAGCUUGCUGCCGAAGGAGUUAAACUGGAGAACUACUAUGUCCAGCCUAUUUGCACACCGUCCAGGAGUCAGUUUAUUACUGGAAAGUAUCAGAUACACACCGGACUUCAACAUUCUAUCAUAAGACCUACCCAGCCCAACUGCUUACCUCUGGACAAUGCAACCCUACCUCAGAAACUGAAGGAGGUUGGAUACUCAACACAUAUGGUUGGAAAAUGGCACUUGGGUUUUUAUAGAAAAGAAUGUAUGCCCACCAAGAGAGGAUUUGAUACCUUUUUUGGUUCCCUCUUGGGAAGUGGCGAUUACUAUACACACUACAAAUGUGACAGUCCUGGGAUGUGUGGCUAUGACUUGUAUGAAAAUGACAAUGCUGCCUGGGACUAUGACAACGGCAUAUACUCCACACAGAUGUACACUCAGAGAGUGCAGCAAAUCUUAGCUUCCCAUGACCCCAGAAAGCCUAUAUUUUUAUACAUUGCCUACCAAGCUGUGCACUCUCCACUGCAAGCCCCUGGGAGGUAUUUUGAACACUACAGGUCCAUUGUCAACAUAAACCGACGCAGGUAUGCUGCCAUGCUCUCCUGCUUAGACGAAGCAAUUAAUAACGUGACCCUGGCUCUCAAGACAUACGGUUUCUACAACAACAGCAUUAUCAUAUACUCUUCAGAUAACGGUGGUCAGCCCACAGCAGGAGGAAGCAACUGGCCCCUCAGAGGGAGCAAAGGAACCUAUUGGGAGGGAGGGAUCCGGGCUGUUGGCUUCGUGCACAGCCCACUCCUGAAGAACAAGGGCAGCGUGUGUAAGGAGCUCGUGCACAUCACCGACUGGUACCCCACUCUGAUUUCACUGGCUGAGGGGCAGAUCGACGAGAGCAUUCAGCUGGAUGGCUAUGACGUCUGGGAGACCAUAAGCGAAGGCCUUCGUUCUCCCCGGGUAGAUAUUUUGCACAACAUCGACCCCAUUUAUACCAAGGCGAAGAACGGCUCUUGGGCUGCAGGCUAUGGGAUCUGGAACACGGCCAUUCAGUCUGCGAUCAGGGUGCAGCACUGGAAGCUGCUCACCGGGAACCCGGGGUACAGUGACUGGGUGCCCCCUCAGUCCUUCAGCAACCUGGGCCCGAACCGGUGGCACAACGAGCGCAUUACCUUGUCAACGGGCAAGAGCGUGUGGCUGUUCAACAUCACAGCUGACCCCUACGAGAGAGUGGACCUUUCCAGCCGGUAUCCCGGGAUCGUAAAGCAGCUCCUCCGGAGGCUCUCCCAGUUCAACAAAACCGCGGUGCCGGUAAGGUACCCCCCCAAAGACCCCAGAAGCAACCCUCGGCUCAAUGGGGGAGUGUGGGGGCCGUGGUAUAAAGAGGAAAGCAAGCAACGGAAGCCGAGCACAAAGAAGGCCGAGAAAAAGCAGAGGAAAAGUAAGACGAAGAAGAAACAGCAGAAGGAGCGCUCCUUUCCAAACUGCCAUUCAGGGAUUUCUCGUGGAUAAGUACAAAUUUUUUUCCUGUCUUCAGUUCAGUUCAGUCGCUCAGUCGUGUCCGACUCUUUGCGACCCCAUGAAUCGCA